UGGCUCAUCUCCGUAGGAGGCGGACAAUCCACCCUCGGUCUCGAUCUCAAUAAGAUCAUCCUAUUGGGACGAGCACAGGGAGCGCCCUCGCGAGUUAUUUGACCUUCCGACUGACUGGCGAGAAAGCCGACAUCAUGCCGCGACCAGUGAUUCUCGAUUCGCCACACGUAGACAGUCGCAAAGGCUCGUUUCCGUCCAUGGCUGACGACUGGAAACCGGCCAAAGAAGGCUACAUGUGGUGGGCGACCGAAGGCUGUCACAACAUCAACCGGUACCUUUUUGGAGAAGACUCGCCUGCGGCCAAAGAUGAGGGCGCGCCGGAAGGGGCGUUCGUCAACGAGUUCCCCUUGUCGAAGUAUCACGAACUGGCAGAACGGUUGCCUCCUUUCUACCUCCUCGUUUGCGAACUCGACUGUAUCCGAGACUCCGCCCUUGAGUUUGCGAGCAAGCUGUUCACGGCCGGUGUGAGGACCGAUCUGAUUGUUAAAGCCGGAACUCCUCACUUUUAUUCCGGCUUCUUCAUGAACACACCCGUGUCGCACGAGAGACGAAGGAGGGAUAUCUCGAGUGCAUCAGACGGAGCCUGUACGACUAUUGAGCGGA